CCCCCCUACCCCCAUUAUCAAUUGGGCUUCAGGGGGCGGAGCGUGUGGUCAACAAGAAACAAUCAGAUGUCUGGACGCGGACAGGAAUCCAGUGAAGCUUAAAGACCUGCAAUAGAGGAGCGUCUUUCAGAAUCUGCUGGAUUUGAAGUUUAGGACGUCAGAACAGACUCUGUUGGACUCCUCUGAAGACGAUGAACCUAAAGCUUGUGGCGGUGCUUCUGUUUCUGGUUGUGGUGUUGGGUUUUCCCAUUGCUGGUUUCUGAUCCCUGUUUCCCUGUUUGUGGUUGAACCCAGAGUGAUGUUUGUCUACCUGGACCCGAUCUACAGCUUCAGGGAAAACCUCUGUGGUUCUUCAGAAGGCCGAUCUGAGAAUGGACAUCUCUUCAGGAGUCCUGACCUACACCUGGUGAUAACCGAUGGGUUGAAGUACCCACAGCCGAGCAUCAUGCACGGUCGGACAGACAUUGUGUCGGUGACGCCCUGGUUGGCGCCGGUCGUCUGGGAGGGAACCUUCCAGCCGGUUCUGCUUGACAGUAUCUACCAAAAGAGGAACAUCACCGUUGCUGCCACAGUGUUUGCUGUUGGGAAGUACAUCAGGUUCCUGAAGGACUUCCUGGAGACGGCGGAGCAGCACUUCUUCGUAGGUUUCAAAGUGAAGGUUUAUGUGUUCACCGACCAGCCGAAUGAGGUGCCCAAAGUGAAAAUGGCUGCUGGCAGAGAGCUGGUGGUGCGUUUGGUGCAGAACUCCAAACGUUGGCAGGAAAUCUCAGCCAGAAGGAUGGAGAUCAUCCAGACCCUGAUCGAGGAGAUGCUCAAAAACGAUGUGGACUACAUCUUCUGUUUGGAUGUGGACUCAAAGUUUCACAGUCGAUGGGGAACCGAGUCUCUAGGAGAACUGGUGGCUGUGAUCCAUCCAGGGUACUAUAAAGACGACCGCAGUAGGUUCCCAUACGAACGGCGGCCCACCUCCAGAGCCUACGUGGCUCCUGGCGAGGGCGACUUCUACUACUGCGGCGGCGCCUUCGGAGGCGUCCUGGCCGAGGUUCAUCAACUCGCUCAAACCUGCCACAAGAACUUCGAUGACGAUGCCAAGGAAGGCAUUGAGGCUGCCUGGCAGGAGGAGAGCCACUUGAACAGGUACUUGUGGCUGAACAAACCCAGUAAGGUUCUGUCUCCUGAGUACCUCUGGCAGGAUUUCAAAGCCAGAAAUUCGGAAGUUCGUGUAAUCAGAUUCUCUGGAGUCAUAAAGGACUACAACCAAAUACGACCCAACUGAGCUGAAGUACUGGGCUAACCAACGUUUAGCUCCAAAGACACUUCCUGUUUGCUCCGACCCAGACUCAAUACAAGCAUGUGCAAUACUCAC